UAAGGCAACUGUGGCUGGAGAGUGCAAAUCUUUCCUCCAUGGCGGAAGAGUUCAAGUAUUCUUGCAACACUGCGAGUGAAACCAUAGAAUGGAUCCAUGCAAUUAUCAACUUCAUUGCACCUUAUCGUUAUUUCUUAGAUGCUCAUGUCGUCAACUUUUUCAAGGAUAGACUAUGGGAAGCUGUUGAUAAGGAAUGGAUGGAUUGUUUACGGAAGGAAUCGGUUGAAAAUCUUCUCCGAAUACCUUCUGGUGUGGUUCAGGAUCACUGGCCUGGCUCACUUAAGGAGUACAUCCUUACUCUGAGGUCUCUUUCUCUUUCACGUGAACAGGCAGAUUGUCAGGAAUUUUCAGGAAUGCACACAGCUUUACUAAGUAACGUUUUAGCUCAAGGCAUGAAUCAUAAGAAAAAGCAUGAAGUGGAAGCGCUUUCUUCUCUGGUCAGUUUAGUCGCAAAGCAAGUUGGAGCCCGAACAGUUGUUGAUGUUGGUGCUGGACAGGGUUAUCUUGCACAAGUGCUUGCUUUUGACUACCAGCUUUCUGUAAUUGCGAUUGAUGCCUGUUCAUAUCAUGGUAAGAUUACUGAUGCACGUGCUGAGCGAAUCAGGAAACACUAUGCAGCUAAGAUGCGCAAAAAUUGCUCCGAACAGAGAGAGUUUAGUGUGCCAAUGACAGUUACAUGCCGAGUGCUGUCUUCUGAUACACUGAGGGCCUUGAGUAACUCACCAGUAGAAAACGAUCAUGCACAGAAUCAACAUUUGAACCAAAAAUGUUCAGUCUCUCAGCCAUCUCGAUUUGCUGAGGAUAUACUACCUUCUCGGUCUUAUAGUGAUUCUACAUUGGUUAUUGCAGGACUUCAUGCCUGCGGAGACCUCUCAGUGACAAUGUUGAGGACAUUCUUGGAAUGUGACAAUGCUAAGGCGGUGAUUAGCGUUGGUUGCUGUUAUAACUUGCUUUCUGAGGAAGCCAUUGACACAGCGGAUUCUUGUUGUGGUUUUCCUGUAAGUCAAGGUGUUAAAUCUGCUGGAGUAAUGCUUGACAAAAGUGCUCGCGAUCUAGCUUGUCAGAGUGCUGAUAGAUGGAGAGGCUUGGAUGAGCACGCAGGGCUUCACAACUUUGAGUUGCAUGCAUUCCGUGCUGCCUUCCAGAUGGUUCUCUUCAGACAUUAUCCAAACAUAUUGCUAGAAAGCCCUACAAUAGGGCGUCAAGGGAAAGCCUUACGACGCCAACAGAAUCAGAGGAUCCUGGAGUCUAAUUUGCAUCAUGGGGGCCCUUCAGAAUCUGGUGAACCACGAGAGAGUGUGGCGUUUCUUCAUGAAUACUCUUCUAUUCAAAGUUCUAAAAGCCGCGAGUCUAGAGCUGUGGACAAAUACUCACUAUUUGUAAAAUUUUGUGAGUCUGGGUUAGGUCGCCUCCAUCUCCCUCAUUUGGAGGAUACAGCUUACAGUGCAGUCUGGAGGGAGUCUGAAUCAUACGCUGAGUUAAUAGGGCCUUAUUGGUCUCUUCGUGCUGCCCUGGGUCCCGUUUUGGAAACUCUUAUACUGCUUGACCGAUUAUUGCUCCUCCAGGAGUAUGACAGUGAUCUGGAAGCAAGCCUUUUGCCUAUUUUUAAUCCAGUGUUAUCUCCGAGGAAUAUGGCUAUCAUAGCUAAGAAAAUUAGAAAGUAGAAAGUUUUUCCAAAGUCUCCCAAUAUGUGAUUCAAUAUACUGUGUAGCGAUGAUUUGUUCUCAGAUAUUUUGACUGCUUCUGUGUGUUAUCCUUUUUAAGAAAUCCUUUAACCAAGAGAAAAAAUGACUGAAGAAAAAGGAAGCAAUUUGCGACCAGGAACAAGCUAUUUACAGGGUCCUUGUGGAAGCAAGUAUACAUAGAUGUUUAACCAAGUGAAAAAAAUAAAAGGAAGCAAUUUGCAACCAGGACCUAGCUUUCUACAGGGUCCUUGUGGAAGCAAGUAUUUACAUGGACCCCUUAGUGGUGAAACGGUAAUAUAUUUAUCUUUACUUCUUUGUGAAUGGAAGUGAGAGAAGACUUCAUGUUGGUAGACAUUAGUGGAUUAGUAUCUAAUUGUGGCCUUUUUCCCCCAGAAGUUUUAUCUAUAGAUAUUUGUUUGCUAGGUGUUGGCUGAAAGAUUCUCUUUACACAUUUGAUCUCAAGUUGUCUACUGCUGUCUUUUCUCUAAGGUGAGAAGACAAGAAUGAGAAUGUGGUUAGCAAUUGAACUAUCUUGCUUAAGAUGUGGAUUUGAUUAAUAUCAACCAGUUACCUUCUAUAAGCUUAUAUUGGUCCAACUAUUGCUAACUUUAAUGUUGAUUGGUUUCACAUUCUGACCAUUGUAUUCUUAUGAUUAUCUUUACACAUUUGAUCUCAAGUUGUCUACUGCUGUCUUUUCUCUAAGGUGAGAAGACAAGCCUGAGAAUGAGAAUGUGGUUAUCAAUUGAACUAUCUUGCUUAAGAUGUGGAUUUGUUUAAUAUCAACCAGUUACCUUCUAUAAGCUUAUAUUGGUCCAACUAUUGCUAACUUUAAUGUUGAUUGGUUUCACAUUCUGACCAUUGUAUUCUUAUGAUUAUCUUAUUGACCUUUAUUCACUUAGGAUAUAAUGUCAUGAGAAACUGUCCAUGUUUUAACAAGUUGAGUACUAUAAUAUAAGCUCGACAGUUGUGUCCACUGUCAGGACAAUAGACAAAUGAUAGGCUAUGUCAUGAACUUUAGGCUACUUACACAUUUGAUUAUAUUUUAUAUGUUAUUCUUGUUUCCUUAAUAUGAUGUCAAAUUUAUCGCAGAUAACUAAUUCUUAUAAUAGUAAAUAAAUGUCAGGAUUGUGUGCCGGCCUUUUCAAUCUUCUCUUUUUUAUUUUCAUGUACUGUAUACAUAUUUCUGUUGAUAGUCUAUGUAUAGGCUGAAAUAGAAGCUUAAUUCUUAAGUAUACCUGUGAGAAAUUUGGGAUACGAUUACUUUGACUAAGUGCAACAAACUAUAAAGGUGCAUUAUUUAUCAUGAUUGCCGUUGCUAAAUAGAAUGUAGUGCAGGUUUACCUGCUGGAGAAAAUGACUUGCAAAAUCUCUAAAGAGUACUUUCUGUGGAUAUCGGGGGAGUUGUAUGAAGUGUACAUUUUUGCAAAAGUAAGAAGGUACCAUUGCUAACUCCUUUUAAUACUUUUUUAUAUCUUUUGGUUAGGAGGAAUUAUUUUACUCCUUUGUAGACUAGUGUGUAUGAGUCACAACAACAUACCCAGUGUACUCUCAUCAAGUGGAGUUUGGGGAGGGUAGGAUGUACUCAGACCGUAUUCCUACCUUUGUGAGGUAGAGAGAUUAUUUCCAAUAGACCUUAGGCUCAAAAAGGAUGUAUCCGAGCAGGAAUGUAAGAACUAGUGUGUGUAAAAGUGUUAAUUUUAAACUGAGUUGAAUACACCAA